UUAAAAUACAACGGCUCCGUUGGCUUGGCCAUGUCGUUCGAAUGGACACCAAGACUCCAGCUUUGAAAGUACUCAGCUCGGAAGCAGUAAAAACUAUGUAGGCUGAAUUAUAACGUACUUAUCGGUCUGCCCUCGUGAGAAUGUCUAAACUGUUUCGCUUAUCAGCGGCUUCCAGUAAAGCUACCCUAUUCUUAGAGGCUUAUCACCAUACUUUUUAAAUAGUAUAGUAUAAUCAAAGUUUGUUUGAUCGUUUGACGUUCGGAAGCAAGACGAAUACAUGGAGAUAGAGAUACUUAAAUAUGUACAUACCUACAUGCAUACCUUUCAACAGAACAAUGAGUAUGUAUGACGAUUGAGCAUUAAAUUUUUGUAGACAAAGUCCGGCAAUUCGCAAUUGGAUAGAUAGUAAUCUUCUAACUCUUAACAGAAGCCCAGUAACGCGCAGUUUACAAAUCCCAACACUUAAAUAUGAUACAAAUUAGACAUAAACGCAGUGGUAAAAUUUUGAAAAUCAAUACAUUUUGGCUACGUGAUCACUGUCGUUGCGGUGACUGCUACAAUGUGGAGACCAAGCAGCGCAGAUACAAUUUGCUUGAUAUACCGAAAACAGUAAAACCAUUGAGAGUCGAAUACAUAAAGGAUGAGUUGCAAUAUGAGGUGCACUGGAGCGAUGGCCACACAUCCGUUUACGACAUUGACUUCCUUUACGCCGCGCAGGUGGAACACAUGGUGAUACGUGCGCAAGAGUCCACUGUACGCACGCCUUGGAAUCAGUCACUUAUCACAGCACACGAAUCGCACUUGCGCACCACACUCGCCGAAUUGGUCAGCUCAGAGGUGAUAGUACGAAAAAUCGUGCAGAGUCUUAUACGUUAUGGCAUUGCUUUCAUUGAUGACGUACCACCGAAUACAACAAUGACCGAAUUGGCUGUCCGACGCCUCUUUCCGCCGAUGAAAACAUUUUUCGGCGAAAUGUAUACCUUCUCGGAUGUGCAGGAUCAUGCGGAUACCGCAUACACGAAACAAUAUCUCGGCUUGCAUACGGAUAAUACGUAUUUCUGUGAUGCUGCGGGUCUUCAGUCACUGCACUGCAUACGCCACGUCAAUGGCGCGGGUGGUGAAAAUUUCUUCGCUGAUGGCAUGUAUGCAGCGCUGGAAUUGAAACAUUGUAAUCCACGCGCAUUUGAGAUACUCACUCGCGUCUCGGUGCCCGCCGAAUACAUUGAGGAGGGCCAAUAUCACAAACAUUCGGCGCCUAUUAUACGCGUCGACCCGGUGAGUGGUGAAAUAGUGCAGCUGCGGUUGAAUGUGUACGAUCGUGCGGUCUUCGAUAGCAUACCACAGGCCCAAAUGCAGGAUUUCUAUGAGAGUUUUCGUGUUUAUUUGGAAAUUGUGCAACGCAUUGAGAAUCAAUGGAGUUUCAAGCUCAACCCUGGCACUGUGGUGAUUUUCGACAAUUGGCGUGUGUACCAUGGACGUCACGCCUAUACGGGCUCACGCACCAUGACUGGGUGUUAUGUGCAGCGGACGGACUUUUUGAGUAAGGCGCGAGUUUUGGGCAUCAUAGACUGAGAUGUGUGCUAACAUACAUUUUAUACACACACACACAGUUACAUAGACGGAAUUCAAAAUUUUAUUUGUGAAUAAAAAAGCUUAUAUGUAUUUACAAUGUUUAAGACGAAACUGUAGUUGUAGUAUGUAUUAACAUUUGUGAAGAAAAAAUAUUUUGAAGCUACAUACAUAAUUGUGUAUGUACAUUAGCGUGCAUCACCAAAAAA